AUGCACAUUCGAAAUAUGAAGGACAUUACUGAACUCACUUUGGUCAUCAACCCAAAUCACAAAAAGGAGCUCCAGCCAGUUACCAUGUUGAAUGGAACUUCUACAGUCGCUGGCACUGAAGAUGGAUCGCCUUAUCACUGCCCAAUUACGGGACUGGAGAUGAAUGGAAGAUACAGAUUCGUGUUCUUUUUGACUUGUGGUUGUGUUGUAUCAGAGCGCGCAUAUCAAAAUGUAACCGAUGGAAUGUGCCCAAAGUGCGGCACUGCUUACGGAAAGACGGAUUGCGUCGAUAUCAACCCAGUCGCCGAAGAGCGCAAAACCAGAGCUAAAGAAAACAUGGAAGAUCGACGACUUCGAUUAAAAGAAGCAAAAAGAGAUGCAAAGUUGCGCGAAAAAGUAGGAGAUGCGGGCGAUGUAUCGAAAGAAGAUCACAUUGCUGCGUGGCUGAGUACUGCAAAUGCGGACAGAAGAGGAUCCAGCAGCUCGUCGGUUGAUACUGGCAUUUCCGACACGCGAAGACUGUCGAUGGUCAGUGCUCUAAGCGCAGGUGGAUCAAUCGGAGAAGCGGAAGAUAAACAGGCACGAAAACGCAGACUUGAAGCUUGGGCUAAAGAAGAACGCCGAAAAAGCCUGGGCGACGAGGAAAAGGCGAAGAAAAUCCGCCUGAUCAAAGAGCAACUGUUGAAAAAGAAACGCGCCCUGAUUGCUGCCCGAAUAAACGAAGAAUCGUCCGACUCGUCAGAUUCGUCCGAUUGUUCUUCUGACAGCGAUUAA